CUACAUCCUAGUUAAAUUUAUGAAUUGGAAUAAAUUUUUUACCGGGACGCCAGGUCACGAGGAGCAUGCGAAUGAGGAAACGACGGAAACGGAAGACGACGAGGAUGUCACGGAUAGCACGGGAACCGUAUCCACUGAUAAAAAAUCUCAUUUCCUUGGAAUGCAUUUUCACAAGUUCUCGCACAAUCAUUUAUCGCAACGAUGUAUUAAACUGGCUUUCUUAACAAUCAAUGUUGCAAUUUUUAUUGCAGGCAUUAUUGGCAUUGUAAUCUCUAUAUGGAUUUUCACUGAUAAUAAAAUAAUGAUGAGACUGAUAGAUCAACGCUUUUACGUUGCAACGUUGUUAUUUGCCAGUUUAAUUGGUUCAUUAGUAUCGUUGUUGGGGAUUCUCGGCGUACUUCGAAAGAAAAGGAAAUUUUUGAACGUUUAUGCUCUGUGUUGCUUGACAUUUCUCUGCGUCAUAUUUAUUAGUGCCAUCAUGAGUUUCUGGAUUUUCGAGGAAAUCACAAGGAGGAUUCAUACCGACAUGAGCGCCACCAUCGAGGGAUAUCGUUCCUCGCCUUCGAGCAGAGAAGCUUGGGACAAUACCCACAGAUACCUUCUUCAAUUCUCCCAUUCAAGUAGAAUUUUUCCACAGUGUUUACGAAUGACGGAGGCAGUGGCAUAUAAAUCCGGAUGUCUGAGAAACGCCGUACUAUUGCUGAAGUCUCAUAUACACGCCAUUAGCAUGUCCGUGCUGUUGAUUUUCCUAAUCAUAGUGAGUUGAGAACGCUUUCUUGUGCGAAUCACACACAGGACUUAUCGAAACAUAUUCGAAGCGAAUUAUGAGAAAUAUAUCGUCUGCGUACAUAUUUUCAAAUCUGUACUCGAACUAUUUCUUUCUAUUAUUUCAGUUAGUGGGUUUCCUUCUUGUGCUCUGUAUACUCGCUCGAAUGAAGAGGCAAAUU